AUGUUUAAGUGUAAAAAGUGGGUGUGUGCAAAAAAAAGUAAAAUUUUGCAUCCCGAGUUUACGGGUGGGAGUGUGACCGGCAGCGUGUCGCAUACUCUUAUUACCGACUUACACCAGCUGAGUCAUUUCAGGUCUGGGGCAGCUAAGGGCCGGCAGCAUGCUCCAAAAAAAAGGCGCCACGGUCCCUUUAAGAGCCACACUACCCACCUUCUCCAAGAUACCAUGUUGCACCAGGAGUUCACGUGUUCCCUCCACCUAACUUGCUGCAUCCCCCUUCUGAACCGGGCCCGGCCUGCCGAGGUAGGGGAGGGGAGAGAGCCGACGCUUGCUAUUGGCUUUGUUCGCACGGCCCUCUCCUUCCUAUUGGUUCAGGCCGGUGUUGCUCGGGAGCUAACUCCCGCCCGCUUGCGCAGUCGGGCUAGGUUGUGUGCGGGGCUCUUAGGGCUGGCCAAGUUACUGGAGCCGAUAUGUGAUGCAGACCCUUCAGCUUUAGCAAACUAUGUUGUAGCACUGGUGAAGAAGGACAAACCAGAGAAAGAACUGAAAGCCUUCUGUGCAGAUCAACUAGAUGUUUUUUUACAAAAAGAAACUUCAGGUUUUGUGGAUAAACUCUUUGAAAGUCUCUAUACCAAGAACUACCUUCCUCCAUUGGAACCAGCCAAACCAGAGCCAAAACCUACAGUUCAGGAAAAAGAGGAAGUCAGAGAGGAGAUAUUUCAUGAGUCAGCAGAGGAAGAACGAGAGGUCAGAAAAAAGAAAUAUCCCAGUCCCCAAAAAACCCGUUCAGAGUCUAGUGAGCGAAGGACACGUGAGAAAAAAAGAGAAGAUGGCAAGUGGAGGGAAUAUGACAGGUACUAUGAGAGAAAUGAAUUGUACCGUGAUAAGUAUGACUGGAGAAGAGGCAGGAGUAAAAGCCGUAGUAAAAGCAGAGGAUUGAGUCGUAGUCGGAGCCGAAGUAGGGGAAGAAGCAAAGACCGAGAUCCAAAUAGAAAUGUUGCAGAACACAGGGAAAGAUCAAAGUUCAAGAGUGAAAGGAAUGAUUUGGAUAGUUCUUAUGUGCCAGCGUCUGCACCACCUACUAACUCUUCUGACCAGUAUUCCUGUGGGGCUCAGUCUAUUCCCAGCACUGUUACCGUGAUUGCACCUGCUCACCACCCUGAGAACACAACUGAGAGCUGGUCUAAUUACUAUAACAAUCAUAGCUCUUCCAAUUCUUUUGGUAGAAACCCACCACCAAAGAGGCGAUGCAGAGAUUAUGACGAAAGAGGAUUUUGUGUACUUGGUGACCUUUGUCAAUUUGAUCAUGGGAAUGAUCCUUUAGUAGUUGAUGAAGUUGCUUUACCAAGCAUGAUCCCUUUCCCACCUCCACCUCCUGGACUUCCUCCUCCACCACCACCUGGUAUCUUAAUGCCUCCAAUGCCAGGGCCAGGGCCAGGGCCAGGCCCUGGACCAGGACCAGGACCAGGACCAGGACCAGGACCUGGCCACAAUAUGAGACUUCCAGUUCCACAGGGACAUGGUCAGCCUCCACCUUCAGUUGUGCUUCCAGUACCAAGACCACCUAUAACACAGUCAAAUUUGAUAAAUAACCGUGACCAGCCUGGAACAAGUGCAGUGCCCAAUCUUGCACCAGUGGGAGCAAGACUACCUCCUCCUUUACCCCAGAAUCUCCUUUAUACAGUAUCAGAACGACAGCCCAUGUACUCUCGUGACCAUGGUGCUGCUGCAUCUGAGCGACUUCAGUUGGGGACACCGCCUCCUCUGUUGGCAGCUCGUUUGGUGCCUCCUCGAAACCUCAUGGGAUCCUCCAUUGGGUACCAAACCUCAGUUUCCAGUCCCACCCCACUGGUCCCAGAUACUUAUGAGCCAGAUGGCUAUAACCCAGAAGCUCCUAGUAUUACCAGUACUGGUAGAUCUCAAUACCGACAAUUCUUUUCAAGAACACAGACACAGCGCCCAAAUCUAAUUGGGCUAACAUCUGGUGAUAUGGAUGCAAAUCCAAGAGCUGCUAAUAUUGUCAUCCAAACUGAACCACCUGUUCCUGUGUCAAUUAAUAGCAACAUAACCAGAGUAGUGCUUGAACCUGAUAGCAGAAAAAGAGCUAUGAGUGGUUUGGAAGGACCUCUCACAAAGAAGCCUUGGAUGGGAAAGCAAGGGAAUAACAAUCAGAGUAAACAAGGAUUCCUAAGAAAGAAUCAAUAUACGAACACCAAAUUAGAGGUCAGGAAAAUUCCCCAGGAACUCAACAAUAUUACAAAGCUCAACGAGCACUUCAGCAAAUUUGGAACUAUUGUUAAUAUUCAGGUUGCUUUUAAGGGUGAUCCUGAAGCAGCUCUCAUCCAGUAUCUCACUAAUGAUGAGGCCAGAAAAGCCAUUUCUAGCACAGAAGCCGUUCUAAACAACCGGUUUAUAAGAGUUCUGUGGCACAGGGAAAAUAAUGAGCAAUCACCAUUACCACCACCAACACAGCAGCUGCUCCUCCAGCAGCAGCAGCAACAGCAGCAGACAUCUCUCUCUCACCUAUCCCAACAACAUCAUCAUCUCCAGCAACACCUCCAUCAGCAGCAAGCACUAGUAGCUCAGUCUCCACCCUCUACAGUGCAUGGGAGUAUGCAGAAGAUGAUGAAUAAACCACAGGCACCAGGAUUAUACGUUCUUAACAAAGUUCCUGUUAAACAUCGCCUUGGGCCAGCGAGUGGAAACCAGGGUGAUGCUGCACACUUACUGAACCAGUCUGGUGGUACGACUGGCGAUGAUUGCCAGACAUUUUCACCAUCAGGCCAUGCAAAAAUGGUGUACAGCUCCACAAACUUAAAGACAACUCCAAAACUUGGUUCAGCAUCUAAGUCCCAUGAUGUCCAAGAAGUUCUUAAAAAGAAACAGGAAGCAAUGAAGCUACAGCAAGAUAUGAGGAAAAAAAGACAAGAAGUACUAGAGAAGCAAAUAGAAUGUCAAAAGAUGCUGAUAUCAAAGUUGGAGAAAAACAAGAACAUGAAACCAGAAGAAAGAGCAAACAUAAUGAAGACCUUGAAAGAACUUGGAGAAAAAAUCUCACAGCUGAAGGAUGAAUUAAAAACAUCUUCUGCAGCUUCUACACCGUCCAAACUGAAGUCAAAGACAGAGGCACAGAAAGAACUACUAGAUGCAGAAUUAGACUUCCACAAAAGACUAUCUUCUGGUGAAGACACAACAGAAUUACGGAAAAAACUGAAUCAGUUACAGGUUGAGGCUGCUCGUUUGGGUAUUUUGCCUGUUGGUCGUGGAAAGACUAUGUCUUCUCAAGGCCGAGGAAGAGGCCGAGGCCGUGGAGCAAGAGGAAGGGGCUCAUUAAAUCACAUGGUGGUGGAUCACCGCCCUAAAGCAAUAACAGUUAUGGGCUUCUUUGAGGAGGAGAAAGAUGAAUUACUACAACAUUUCUCCAAAUUUGGAGAUAUUGAAGAUCUUCAAGAAGAAGAAUCGCCUUUAAGUGUUGUUUUAACAUAUAAGUCUAGGUCAGAAGCUGAAAAUGCUGCAAACCAAGGAUCAAAAUUCAAAGAUCGCAGACUGCAGAUAUCAUGGCACAAACCCAAGGUACCAUCUAUAUCCACAGAAACUGAGGAAGAAGAAGCCAAGGAAGAGGAGACUGAAGCUUCAGAUUUGUUUUUGCAUGAUGAUGAUGAUGAAGAUGAAGAUGAAUAUGAAUCUCGUUCUUGGCGAAGAUGAAAUCUGAUGGGAGCUGUAUAGUUUUAGGAAUUUUGUUUAGAAGAACAACUUUUUAAAAAUUAUUUAAAGACGUCAUUGAGCCAAAAAUUUUUAUUUUUUUUUUCUUUUCAACAUAGGUUUAAAGACAGCAAGUUUGCUAUUUAAACACAUCUCAUAACUGUAUGUGAUAUUAAAGCAGCCAAAGGCCUAGUGACUUUUACACAAUUCUGAAGAUCCACAAGAGUCGUAUGGGUGUUCUCUAGAGCCUUAUGUUCCACACCACCUAUUUUUGAUGGUGUUGGAUUAUGAUGUAGAUGACAGGGUGUUUAGAAAUUUUAUUUUGUAAUAUAAUCUGCUGAUAAAAUUUCAUUAAAUGUCAAAGUAGCCUGGAAUCUCGUAACUCUCAGAUAUUAUGGAUGGGGU